AUGCUGCUCAGUGCAAAUUUCUCUGAAGUGACUUCUUUUUAUCUAUCUGAUUACCAUGGAAUGGAGGACAUGAGGCUAAUGUACUUCUGUGUGUUCCUGAUUGUAUACAUAGCCAUUGUUGCUGAAAAUGUAACGUUAAUCGGUGUGGUCUAUCAUGAAAAAUCGCUGCAUGAGCCAAUGUAUUUGUUGCUGUGUAACUUGGCUGUGAACGGUCUGUUCGGAGGCACUGCUUUGCUGCCAGCAGUUCUGAGCAACAUACUGUCCCACACAUAUGAGAUAUCUCUACCGUUUUGCCAGACGCAGAUCUAUGCUAUACACACCUAUGCCAUCACUGAAUUCACGAUUCUAGCAGCCAUGAGUUAUGACAGGUAUGUGGCUGUUUGCUAUCCGCUGCAUUAUCACGCAAUCAUGUCACAGAUAGCUCCUAAACUUAUUGUUUUUACGUGGCUCUACCCCAUGCUGGCAUUUCUCAUUGUUCUCAUUUUCACUCUUCAGCUGCAGUUUUGUGAGAAAACCAUAGAAAAUGUAUACUGUUUGAAUUACUUACUGGUGAAACUUGCAUGUACAGAUACAUAUAUUGUUAGUAUGGUUGGCCUACUAUCUGUACCUCUAUAUACACUUCCACAGCUUAUUAUGAUCUUUUAUUCAUACAUACACAUCCUGAGAAUAUGUGUACUGUCAUUCAACAAAUCCAGCCUCAAAGCCCUGCGGACCUGCACCCCCCACCUACUAGCAAUCACUAACUAUGCUAUCGGGUGCUUUUUUGAAAUAGCACAAAGUCGAUUCAAUAUUGGUUACCUGCCUUACCAAACCAAGUUGUUUUUAUCUCUGUACUUCUUGAUAUUUCCACCCAUUCUUAAUCCUGCUAUCUAUGGUUUGAGUAUUCAGGUCAUAAGGGUACAACUGUUUAGGCUUUUCACCAGAAAAAGCAGGCAAGUAGCAAAUAACUGA